GGCGGGGAUCGGGGCGCGGCCGGGCGGUGGCUCCGGCGACGGCGGCCGCGUCGGGGUUGGGGUCGGAGUCGGAGAUCCGGACCGACUCCGGGACCCGGGCGUCGCGGCGAUGCUGCAGCUGCGGGACUCGGUGGACUCGGCGGGCACGAGCCCCACGGCAGUGCUGGCGGCCGGCGAGGAGGUGGGGGCGGGCGGCGGCCCGGGCGGGGGUCGGCCGGGGGCGGGCACGCCGCUGCGCCAGACGCUGUGGCCGCUGAGCGUCCACGACCCCACGCGCCGCGCCCGCGUCAAGGAGUACUUCGUGUUCCGGCCCGGCACCAUCGAGCAGGCGGUGGAGGAAAUCCGCGUGGUGGUUCGGCCGGUGGAGGACGGCGAGAUCCAGGGGGUGUGGCUGCUGACCGAGGUGGACCACUGGAACAAAGAGAAGGAGCGGCUGGUGCUGGUCACGGAGCAGUCGAUGCUUAUCUGCAAAUACGACUUCAUCAGUCUUCAAUGCCAGCAGGUGGUCCGUGUAGCGCUCAACGCAGUAGACACCAUCUCCUACGGGGAGUUCCGGUUUCCCGCUAAGUCACUCAAUAAGCGAGAAGGUUUUGGUAUUCGAAUUCAGUGGGACAAGCAAAGUCGCCCUUCCUUCAUAAACAGAUGGAAUCCCUGGUCCACAAAUGUACCCUACACCACUUUCAUAGAACACCCGAUGGCUGGUGCCGAUGAGAAGACAGCAUCUCUGUGUCAGUUGGAAAGCUUCAAGGCUCUGUUAAUCCAAGCUGUCAAAAAAGCUCAAAAAGAAAACCCUCUGCCAGGACAAGGGCAUGGUGUGCUAGUCUUAGACCGGCCCCUGCUCAUCGAGACCUAUGUGGGACUGAUGUCCUUCAUCAACAACGAGGCUAAGCUGGGUUACUCCAUGACCAGAGGCAAAAUAGGCUUCUAGCCAGUGUGUUCUGGAAGCUCUUCUCUGUCCCCAGAAAGCCAAGUUGCUGGGGAGACUGGGGACCUGUCAGUCCUUACAAAGCUCCACUGCCAGCUGGAAGGACAGGGUCCCUUUACCUGUAGAGGUCUGAGUGCCAUUAGAAUAGUAAAGCAAAUUAUAUAUACUGAGUUGGACAUCGGACAUCUGCUAAUGUGAGCUACAGACAAAAGCAAACACUCUAGCUGUCAUUGUGCCGUUUGUGUUCCACUUCCUACAACUUCAGUUCUGGUGUUUUCCUUCCGUGUCUGCUUGGCUUCUUGUGGCUCUCCCCAUCCUGACUACUUCAGCAUGCCGAGAUGCUGCCAGCCCUCAGCCCCCUGCAGCCUGUAGAUCGUUAGAUACAGGGAGGCACCUGGUGCCUCGAGUGCCUGCGGUUGCAAAUAUGUUUAUACUUGGUGUCAAAUUUUGUAUUUUGAAAUUUAAUCCAUUUUUUUAAAAAGCUAAUAGAAAAGAAGCCAGCUGACUGGUUAACCAAGCAAGAUA